AUGGGACCCAAGCCAGCCUCCAAGACCGCCACCAAGACUGGCAAGCAGGCCAAUGCCGCUGCCAAAGCAGCCCUCCGUGGCUCGUAUGCGAACAAGAAGAAGGCUAUCAGGAAGAGCACUAGCUUCCACCGUCCCAAGACCCUCGAGCUCAGCCGUGCGGGCAAGUACCCCCGCAAGUCGGUCCCCCACGAGCCUCGCAUGGAUGCUUCCAAGGUCCUCAUCCACCCGCUCAACACCGAGUCUGCCAUGAAGAAGAUCGAGGAGAACAACACCCUCGUCUUCAUCGUCAACGUCAAGGCCAACAAGCGCCAAAUCGCCGCCGCUCUUAAGAAGCAGUACGACGUCAGCUGCGUCAAGAUCAACACCCUCAUCCGACCAGAUGGCUCAAAGAAGGCCUUUGCCCGCCUUACCGCUGAUGUCGACGCUCUCGACAUUGCGGCUACCAAGCUCGCCAUUGUUUAA